CAAAAUGAACAAAAUGAAACAAUAAAAAAUUUUGAAUCAAAUCAAUCAUUUCCACAAUUAUUAUUACAACAAAUGAUUCGACAAAAAAUGAAUUCAAUCAGACAACGACGAAGGCAUCGUCAUACAUAUUAUGAUCAUCAUCAUCAUCAUCAUUCGAUGGUUGAUAAUAUUAAUAAUAAUAAUAAAGAAUCAAAUCGAAAAAAAUCAUCAAAAAAUGGUCAACAUCGACGUAUGGCAAGAUUAAUUGAUCAACAAUCAACAACAACAACGACAACGAAUAAUAAUAAUGAAAGUGUUCAAGCAAAAAUUAUCUAUGAAUUAGAUUGGAUGAAAUCUGAUAAUGAUCUGCCUGAAUGUGAAUUGAAUCAAGUUUGUAAUAAAAUCGAUACAUAUUCAACACCAUGGAUACAGAAAUCAUGUCGUUGUCAUCGUGAACAAUCACCAUGUUCAUUAUCAUUAAAUCCAAAUGAUGGUUAUACGAUAAUUGAAAAAAAUAAACAAUAUAAACUAUGUGAACCAAUUGUUACAAAAAAAUUACCAACAUGUCGUUAUUUUCGUGAUAUAACAUGGACAAUAACUACAACUAUUUCGACCAGAUCAUCAUCAUCAUCAUCGUCGGUAAAAGAACCGGAACAUCAACAAGAAUCAACAUAUCAUCAUAAUGAAAAUAUAACUAAACAAGAAAUAAAAUGUCUUUGUCCAACAAAUAGUGAAGCAUAUAUUUUAAAACAUCAUGUUUAUAAAAUGGCUAAUGGUGAAUUAGGUUAUCGUUAUUAUUUUGCUUGUUCACCUGAAACGAAAUUACGUUGUAAACGUAAAGAACCAUGUCGUUUAUUUACAAUACGUAAAGGAAUAAAAUCAUCAGUUGAAUCGGUUACAAUGAAUACAUUAUGUCAAUGUUCGAAUGGUUUUGAAUGUCCAAAUAAUCAUCGACAAACAAUAUCAUCAUCAAUAAUGAUUGGUACAAAUUAUCCAAUUGAUAAUAUACGUACAUAUAGUGGUUAUUGUUAUCCAAUCAAUGAUUCUAUCAUUCAAAAUGAUUGGAAUGAUGAUAAUAAUAAUGAUUCAAGCUGAUUAAAUCGCUAAGGAA